CGGCGACAAACGUUUGAGCGCCAGUUUUGACAACACAUUACGAAAACACGAUAGGCAUGGCGGAAGAUCAAGACGCUAUGGAGGUGGACCAGAGUGUUCCACCCACUCCAAGUGCUUCUCGUGUUUUCAAUCCUGCUGAUUUUGCUCCUAUUGAGAUUCCGAAUGCACCGGAGUCAGUAGCGACAUAUGACAUAAACGGCCCACGUCUGAUGAUCACACACAUUGUGAAUGAAAACUUCAAGUCCUAUGCUGGAGUGCAAACAUUGGGGCCUUUCCACAAGAGUUUCACCUCAAUUGUUGGACCUAAUGGCAGUGGAAAGUCCAAUGUCAUAGAUUCCAUGUUGUUCGUGUUUGGAUAUCGGGCAAAUAAGAUACGAUCGAAGAAGAUCAGUGUUCUCAUCCAUAACAGUGAGAACCACAAGGGCAUCACCACAUGUACAGUGGCAGUACACUUUCAGAGGAUCGUAGAUACAGGGCCAGGAGAUGAUGAAUAUACGAUUGUCCCCAACUCCAAGUUUGUGGUAUCUCGUACAGCAUCGAAGGACAACAGCUCCAGCUAUUCUGUGGAUGGGAAGCGAGCCACGUACAAGGAAGUGGCCAAGUUUCUCAGAUCUAGUGGCAUAGACCUCGACCACAAUCGUUUCCUCAUUCUACAGGGCGAGGUGGAGCAGAUAGCCAUGAUGAAGCCAAAGGCACUCACAGAACACGAAGACGGGAUGCUGGAGUUUCUGGAGGACAUCAUCGGCAGUAACCGUUUCAAGGAACCCAUUGAAGUAUUGUCAAAGAGGGUUGAGGCUCUCGGCGAGAUGAGAGCUGAGAAGUUGAAUCGUGUGAAGGCUGUAGAGAAAGAGAAGGAUGACCUGGAGGGUCCUAAGAAUGAAGCCGUGGAAUUCCUCACCAUGGAGAACAGUAUCGUGAAGCUGAAGAACAAGCUGUACCAAAAAUACAUUGGAGAGUGUGCAGUGAAUGAGGAGAAGGCUACCAAAGAGUAUGACAAGAUCAACGAUAGCAUGAAGGAAGUGAACUCCAAACUGGAGGAAAUCAAUGCAGCCAAGAAAGAGAAGGGGAAGGAUCACAAGAAAAUAUACAAGGAGUCUGAGACCCUGGUGAAGCAGUGCGAGGAGACCAAGAAUGAGUUCAAGGAGUUCGAGCGUCAGGAUGUGAAGUGUCGCGAGGAUCUGAAACACUCCAAGGCCAAGGCUAAGAAACUAGACAAGACACUGGAUCAGGAGACGAAAAAGAUCGAGGAACUGAGAGCUGUGCCAGAAGAAAGCGAGAAAGCAAUUGCUGGUCUGAAGAAAAAACUGGAAAAACUAGAAGCGGACAAAGCCAAGGAGGAAGAAAAAGUGAAGGAUGUCAUGGAGAGUCUGAAGACAGAGACAAAGGGCCUACAAGAGGAGAAAGAUGGGAAGGAAGAGAAGCUGUUGGAUUUACAAAAGAGUGUCAAUGAAACCAAGUCAAAGCUUCAAGUAGCUCAGUCUGAGUUGGACCUGUAUCUUAGCAACCAGCAGACGGCGACCAACAAGCUGGAGGAGAUGCAGAAGAACCUCAGCAAGGCUGAAACAACCAUUAAGGAAAGGAAGAGUGGAAUUGCUGAGCUGGAGAAGACCAUCCCUGAAGUAGAGAAACUGGUGGCCAAAUGCAAGAAGGACUUAGAAUCAGCCGUCAGUGUUGAAACUAAGUCUACAGAAGAGGUUCGUGUUCUGAGAGGCAAGGUGGAGGACGCCCGCAACUCAAUGCAGUCCGCCAAGAGACAGGGCCGGGUGAUUGAAGCAUUGAUGGAGCAGAAAAAGUCUGGCAAACUGCCAGGGAUUCAAGGCAGAUUGGGAAACCUAGGAGCUAUAGAUGAGAAGUAUGAUGUUGCUGUGUCUACUGCCUGUGGGGCCCUGGAUCACAUUGUGGUGGACACCAUCAACACUGCACAGAGGUGUGUCGAGUUCCUCAAGAAGAACAAUGUGGGUUCGGCCACCUUCAUCGGCCUGGACAAGAUGCAGCGAUGGGUGGAACACACCAAGAGGAAGAUCACAACACCAGAGAACGUCCCACGGCUGUUUGAUCUCAUUAAAACAAAGGAUGCUACAAUCCUGCCAGCAUUUUACUUUGCACUGAGAGACACUCUUGUAGCUAAGGACUUGGAUCAGGCUACUCGGAUAGCAUACGGGAAGACACGCUACAGAGUUGUGACACUGUCGGGACAGCUCAUAGACACAUCAGGUACCAUGAGUGGUGGUGGUACAUCCGUGAGUAAAGGCAGAAUGGGAUCGUCCCUUGCCUCUGAUGCUGUGGAUCCGAAACAGCUGGCCAACAUGGAGAACACGCUGGAGAAGUUAAUGUCUGAGUCCCGGGAAGCUAGAGGACGGAAGGAGGACCUAGAGGACAAGAUAGGGCACAAUGAGAAGGAUCUCACCAACAUGAAACACAGUCUGCAGAAGUUCAAGAUGGAGAUCAAGGCUCUGUCAGACCAGACCACAACACUAAAGGCGCAGAUCGUGGAGCAGCAGGAGAAGGUGAAGGCCGCAGCUCCUGAUCAGAAACAGCUGAAGGAGUUGGAGAAGAAAGUCCAGGAAUACAAGAAAGAUUAUGACAAAGCCAGUGGCGCUGCAUCAAAAAUAGAAGCUGAAGUACAGAGCCUCCACCAGCAAAUCAUGGAUAUUGGCGGCUCAAAGUUGAAAGCUGUUCAGAGUCGUGUGGAUGCAGUUUCACAGCAGAUAGAUCAGGUCACUGGACAGAUUACCAAGGCCAACGUUGGAGUAAAGACAUCUGAGAGGAACUUGAAGAAGGCCGUGGACAAAGUGAAGUCUGUAGAAGAGGAGAUUGAGGAGAACAAACAGAAGAUUGCUGAACUGGAGGCACAGUUUAAACAACUGGAAGAAGAUGCCAACAAAGUCCUGGAGGCAUACCAGCAGUCUCAGGAGAAGAUGGGGGAUGUGGAGAGCUCCCUGAACGAGAUCAAGAAAGAGCUGGGCAAGUUGGAGGAGGAGGAGAACACCCUCCAGAAAGAGACUAUUGAGGUGCGACAUGAGCUGGAGAAGUAUGAUGGCAUCAUCAAGACAAACCAAGCCAAGAUCAAGCACUGGAAGAAAGAGCUUGGUCAUCUGAGCCUGAACAAGUUGGAUGGUGUUGAGAAUGAGGAGAUGGAGACCGUGGCAGCAGAGAAGCUAGCCAGCAUCAACAAGGAGGAGGUCCAGUACGAGAUCACUGUCCUGGAAGAGAAGCUGGCACAGAUGAAGCCCAACAUGGCUGCCAUUGCAGAGUACAGGAAGAAGGAGGAGCUGUAUCUCCAGCGAGUGUCUGAACUCGACUCGAUCACCGAGGUACGGGACCAGCAGCGGAAGUACCACGAGGACCUUCGCAAGCAGCGACUGGAUGAGUUCAUGUCAGGAUUCAGCACCAUCACCAACAAGCUGAAGGAAAUGUACCAGAUGAUCACUCUCGGGGGAGAUGCAGAGUUGGAACUGGUCGACUCACUCGACCCGUUUUCGGAAGGAAUUGUGUUCAGUGUGCGACCGCCCCAAGAAGUCGUGGAAGAACAUCUCCAAUCUGUCUGGAGGAGAGAAGACUCUCAGUUCUCUAGCUCUUGUGUUUGCCCUCCAUCACUACAAGCCCACGCCUCUGUACGUCAUGGACGAGAUUGAUGCUGCUCUGGAUUUCAAGAAUGUCUCCAUUGUUGCCAACUACAUCAAGGAGAGAACAAGGAAUGCACAAUUCAUUAUCAUAUCUCUGUGAAACAACAUGUUCGAGUUAGCAGAUCGAUUGGUAGGGAUCUACAAGACAGAUAACUGCACAAAGUCAGUCACCAUCAACCCCAAGAAACUCUCUAUACCACUGCAGGAGAUCAAUGCCUGAGAUCAGUGCCUGAGAUCAAGAUGUCUGUACAGACACCAGUCCUGACUGGUGGAAAUAUCUAGGAUGACAGUCACUAUGAAAAAGCAAUGCUGAUUGGUGGAAAUAUCUGGGAUGACUACCAAACUGAACCAGCAAUGCUGAUGACUGACACAAUAUCUACAUGAGAGUCACAAUGUAAGACCAAUGCUGAUUGGUGUUGUUUUUCUAGGACUGUUACAAGGUGCACCAAUACUUAUUGGUGGAAACUUCCAGACUGAAUGUCAUGAAACACCAAUGCUGAUUUGUGGAAAUUUCUUGGACGGUCACAAGAAAGAUCAGUGCUGAUUGGAGGAAAUGUUUACGUUGACUGUUUUUAACAAAAAUUAUGGGACAAUUAUCUGAAGAAAGUUAUAAUGGUAUUUAUAAGAAUAUCAUUCAUUUACUUCAUUACUCCUCUGCAUACAAGAUGCAUAUAUAAGAUCAUGGUUAACAUUGAAAUGGUUUACUUGACCCUAAACAUGUUUCUGUCACAGAAAAAAUGUGAAUCUUUUGAUAAUCGGUAAAUGAAGUGAAUUUUAAUAAUAGAUAAUGAGUCCCGUACAUGCAUUACAUUCAGUUUCUGUUAGACCAAGCCCAUACAGGGUUUUAUUGCAAGAAACAUUCAUGGACACAAACUGAGAAUAGAUACCCGUGACUUGUUCUGCUCUUCCCAUGGGAUACAAAAACAGAUUGACUGUUACCAAUUGGUAAAAGUCAAUGUACAUUAUAUUUCACUCUCAUGAUAUAAGCACCCUGUCUCAAAGAUUGAUUUUCUUUCAUCAUUACAGGAAGGCUUACAGAGGCGUAGCUACCAUUAUAAAAAAGCCCAGGCUUACACAUGAUUGUUGCUAAAAACAUUGGGCAAGCCCUCAAUACCACCUAACUAAUGUUUUGCAACCUAUCAGGCUUACUACGCGCUUAAGUAAUUUAUAAUUGUCGUUGAUAUAGUGAUCACCCUGGCACCUCUAUUUUCAUGUCUCAGAUCCUUAAACAUUGUUGACAGUCCACCAAAAUCAUAUACAGAAAGAUGCCUGGGCAACUGCAUGGGAAGCUGUAGCUGACUGCCUUUAUGUCAAUGCCAUACUGUAGACCUAGCCCCUUUGAUAGGUGGCAUAUUAUACAGGAGAUUGGUAUGUUAACACAAUAGGGAUUUCACGAUACAUAAGUUUCAUGAAUUGAUACGUAUCACAAUACCCAUUUCACAUUGUAUACUUGUCUUUUAUUCUAAUUUCCCAUCUUUGUCCAUGAAAAAUAAUCAUUUAUAACAUCAAAAAACAUGAUACAAUUGCAAAAUGAAAAUGACAUAUAAACAUAUUUAAACCGAUACUUUCAAAUCAGUUUUGAAUGUAUCAAUAAUUGUAUCAUCUUAGAAAAAGUAUCAAUGCAUUGUGGCAUCCCUAUAACACACUGUCUCAAUGAUGAAUUAAGUUAAAAAUACUUUCAAGAGUUGUAGCUCUAAGAAUGCUGGUUUUGCAAAUGGCACUUGGUUGAGUUAUGACAUUGGUACUAUUUAUUCCUCAUACCUCCUAUUCAUUCACUUCUACUGUCAUACUGAGAUUCUUUUCACUUUCUAUGCCUGCUUCUGUCCUCAUUAAAUCAGACAUCAAACAAG